UGGUGAGUGAAAAAUGAUUUUUAGCGAGGAGAAGGGCUGCCAACACCGUUCCUGGCGACACGAGACAGCAACCGCCAGCAGACCACGCGACUUUUCGAGCGAUGCAGCAGAGCAUUUCUUGUCGGUUGCCUUUCACUUUCCUGGAAAAUGUCAUGUUUUUUGUUCAUUUACAUUCCUUUCAGAGCACCUUCGCCAUCCCGCGGCUCCGUGCACCUUCUUUCCCGCUGAGACUCCGCGUCUGCCGUCUCUCGUGUUUGCCGGCGCGUCUCGAUUCUCUUUUAGCGGUUGCGUGUGUUUGUUCCACUGAGAAAAGUUUUCUGACGAUGGCUUUGAGUUCGACUCUCCAGAAACAUGGGGCGCGGCCACGGCUUCUUCGGAGGCGGAAAGUGGAACUCCUACGGGGAGUAUUUCCGGCACAAGAGCGAAAAGAUGCAUCAACAGUUGCACAACUCUCUGCGACAGCACCGCCAGCUGUCAGGCGAAGAAAAGGCAACUUCUUCCGGUGACUCAGAGCCCGCGACUCGCGGAAGAAGAGCCAGAGAAAAGGCACAGGUGUCUGGCUCGGAGAGCCCGCGCAAACGCAGGAAAGGCGACCGAGUCGCCGACGGCGGGUCUUGCCCGACUUCUGUCUGGACUGCUCGCGUCUCCCCAAUGUCGUCCUGUGUGCAGCCUCCUCCUCGCGAGGCUUCCUCCUCGAUUUCUUCCGCUGAAAGAACGGAAGGAACCUCCUUGGCCGCGUCCUCUCCGGCGUUCAUUCCCGGUCUUCACUCCUCGUCCUCAACCACCUCGUCUUCCGGUGGACAAACAGCGUACGAGGAGAGCCGGUACGCGCGGCGGGUUCGCGAGUUGCUUCUGAACGAGAACGACGCGAGCAAACUCGUCAAUCCGUGCCUUUUCAAGAACUGCGUCUUCUACGUCGACGGUGACACUCUCGGAAUGGACGACAUUUGCUUCAAGAAACUUUUGCUGCUCUUCGGAGGACGCAUAUGCAUGCUCUUCGGCAAGGGAUGCACGCACAUCAUUGCAGAGACAGUCGCGAUGGGCAACCAGAGGUGGCGACACUUGCGAGAGCAAGGAGGCGAAGGCAAAAAGUACGUUGUCGUGACGGUGAAGUGGGUCUUCGACUGUAUAGACAGAGGCAAGCUUCUCCCGGCCUCCAAUUUUCGACCGCAGGAGCUGCAGACGCGGCAGCGCUACGCCAGCAACUCCAUUGCGUCCUUCUACGCGUCUCACCACGCAGACAGCGGAGGGAGGAGAAUCUGGGGAAAGGGAGGUGUCUCCGCCUCUGCCGAGAAAGACGCAGACGCUCGCGAAUGCGUGCAGGUUGCAGCGAGGGACAGAAGCGACGAUGCAGAAGAAGAGGAAGCAAAUCGAGGAGAAGAAAGAGAGCAGGAGGCAGUGGAACGCAUCGAAGGCGAAGACACCUUCGAGGCGCCCGACUCCAUUGUCUGCAUAGAUGACGACGAGGACGAGACGGAACUGAGAGGAAGUGGAGACGGACGACAGACAGAAGACAAGGAAGGCAGACAGCGAGCAGAAGAAAGCGAGAAAGAAAAAGAUCAAGGUACCGCGGAACACGGGCCUGAAGGACGGCAGACGACGGGAGCGUCUCCGUGGCUGCCUUCGACCUUGCGUGACGCCAGCGCGGCUGCUACUCCUUCCGCUUUCUCUGACGCUUUCCGAUACACAUAUUCUUCUUCGACGCAGCUUGCCUCGCCUUCCUCCUCUUCUCUGACAGAGAAAGCGGCUGAGCCGAGUUUGCUGGCAGGCGCCGCGUCGCUUUCUUGUUGUUUGUCGUCUGUCUCGCGCCGUCCGGCUGGUGAGGGAUUUCGCUCUCCUUUGUCUGCUUCGACUUGUUCUUUUUCUCCCUCUCGUGUGUCAUUCGAGACGCCUUCGCCGUCAAAGCCUCCCUCGCCAGAGAGCUCCAUGCGCCUUGCCAGGACAGGUGACAGGGACGAGACCCCUGCGUCUCCUCUUCCGUCUCGCUCUCGAUCGCGGACAGACAGAUCCGUCGCUGGCGCCACGAGUCCUUGGCCAUCGCGGAUUCUGCGACCUCAGCACCCGUCGUUUGUUUCAUCUUUCUUCGAAAACUCGCGUCUCCACUUCAUCGGGAGAUGGAGAACGCGAUGCAUGAACACCCUGGCCACCAUCUUGAGCAAGGAAUGUGACGGCCGGGGAGAUAGCGACUCUCGCCCUGCGGCCGUGUCUCCUUCUUCUCGUUCUUCGAUCCCGUUCUCGUCGCUCCGACUCGAGGACCGCACAGCGCGUCCAGGCCUGCUCUUGCCCUUUGCGUUGCCUCUUCUCUGCACCCCUCCGGGGAACCUGGACGUUGCAGUCUCUGCCGAGGCAGCCGCGGCCGUCCCGGUGCCUCCAGGCUCUUCUUCCUCUUUUUCUUCUUCUCGUGUGUUUUCUGGAGGCCUGCUGGAGAGACUGUUUCUCGCGCAGAGGCGGGCAAGGAGCAGCCUCGGCGCGGGUGAGCAGACGAAGAUCCAGGAGGGAGAGCCGACAUGUCCUGGGGGAGAUGACGCAGAGGCGGAGGGAGAAGACGAGAAAAGAAAAGAGAAUGGAGUGACUCUGCGAGGGAGAAUCCGUGGGCAGACGAGAGAAGAAAAGGUGCCGGAAAAAGAAAGCGAAAUGCCUCUGCGGUGGAUCCUCCACGUGGACUUUGACGCCUUCUUCGUCGCUGUCGCUCUGAAGAAGAGACCUCACUUGAAGAACUUUCCAGUGGCUGUGGCGCACAGUCGAGGGUCGGGUGGAAAGGCAGCGUCUUCCACGAGCGAAGUUGCGAGCUGUAACUACACCGCGCGAGCUAGCGGCGUGUACAAAGGCCAGUGGCUCGGGGAAGCCAAGGAACGGUGUCCAGGCCUCAUUACCUUGCCAUAUGACUUUGACGGAAUAGAAGAAGCAAGCGAAGGUCUGUUCGCAUGCGUGCUGCAGCUCUCCCGGCGGAUCUUGCCUGUUUCCUGCGAUGAGACAUAUGUACAGCUUCUUCUCGCUCCAAGGAACGGUGAGAGCAACGAGGAGACAGAAGGCCUUGCGGACGGAAGUGAGUCCGGAGAAGCAGAGAAAGCGAUUCUCGACGCAUGCGUCGAACUGCGCCAACGCAUCUUCGAGAGAACAGGGUGCUGGGUCUCCAUCGGGGCUGGACCGAACUUGCUUGCAGCCAAACUCGCUGGCCUUCAAGCGAAGCCUAAAGCUUCUUCUUCUUCCUCCUCCUCUUCUUCUCUCUCUCGGGAUGGUGUGUGUGUGAUUCGGCCUCGGGAGAGUUUCCUGUGGGCCUUCAUGGACCAAGUUCCUCUUCGCAAGCUGCCAGGCGUCGGGAGCAUGUUGGGAGAGAAAGUGGAGAAGGCAGGACGCCUGAGGCUGUGCGGGCAAGUGAUGAAGGAGGGGAUCCGCAGUUUGCGCGUGCUUCAGAAUCUCCUCGGAAGGAAGCGCGGCGCCAUGAUCUGGUGGAUGGCACAUGGCUGCGACCCUCGUCCACUUCCCCCUUUCUCUCCCUCACUCCUCACUCACUCUGCAUCUCCUUUGUCCUCUCUUUUCCACUCUUCUUCUUCUUCUUCUUCGUCUUCGUCUUCGUCUUCGUCUUCGUCUUCGUCUUCUUCUUCGUCUUCUUCUUCUUCGUCUUCGUCUUCUUCUUCUCACAAUCUGCGUGUGUCGCCUUCGGAGACAGGUGGAUGUCCCAGCACUCUGCCUGAGCCUUCCUCCUCCGACUGGGCCAUCGAAGAUCGGAAGUCGCCCACGGUCGAGGGGGCAGACUUUCUCGCUGCGGAGACUUGCAGUGAUCUUUGCUUCUUUUCUUCCUUCCACCCUUCGACAUCUCUCCCCUCUGCGGUCUCGCCUUCUUCUUCGCUCCCUUGUUUACCUUCCGCGUCUUCGUCUUCGUCUCCUUCGUAUUCUGAGCAGAGUCUCGCGGCAGGUGCGACGGUGGUUCCGAGUUCGCGGAGUUUGACAAUCAGCGUCAAUUGGGGCAUUCGACUGCAUGCAGAGAGGGAGGUAUUCGACCUGCUCAGACAGCUCGCUGGCGAAGCCCACAAACGGCUGCGAAUGCAUCGCCUGGUCGCCCCGCGCCUGGGAUUGAAGAUUUACCGCCGCCGAGAGGGCGUUCCGGUGGAGACAGAAAAGUUCCUCGGCGCAGGAGUCUGCGACGUCCUUUCGGGAUAUCGCCUCUGCUCGGAGCCUGUACCGGCGGGACUGGAGUCUCAAACUAUCCCUUCUGUCUCCCCACUGUCUCCGCUCGGGGGCCUGCAGGGGUCUGGACUCGUCGAAGCGGAGACAGAGGCGUCGGAGUCGAGAGAGAGAAGAAAAGAGAAAAAGAGCGAGAGCGAGCGGAAGGCGACAGCCGUCCAAAGCGAGGCCGACGUCUUUCGCGAACUCGCGGUUCUUUGGAUUUGUCACUUUCAAGGCGUGUGUCCGCCAGAGGAUCUGCGCGGCUUCAACGUUCUUCUCCUGAGUUUGAGGACCGAGAGUGAACAAGAAGAACUGGAGGCGGCAGAGCGCGCUCGCUCGCUUCAGCUUCGGCGUCAGCGAAACGUCAUGGACAACUUCCUUUCUCUCUGCUCCGCCUCGGCGUCGGCUUCGAGGCACCCUGGGGCGGAAAGGCCUGACGUCGUCGUCGUCUCGUCGCAGGACUCGAGCGAGGACGGCCUUGUCCCGACGCGCGCCGCAGCAGACAGCACUGCUAGCGCCGGGUCGGCAAACGAGCAACGAACGAGAAAGAAGGAGGAAGAGGAGGAAAAGCGCGGAAGGGAGAAGAUGCAUGCAGAGAGAGCAGCGAAGGAAGACGAAGAGAGCCGAGAGGAGGAAGCGAGGGAGCACCAGAAGGAGGGAAAGGAAGUCGAGAGCGGUGCAGGGGAAACGGUCAAACAAUUUGGAGAAGAUGGAAAGCCGAAAGAGGUCGUAGUAGAAAUCGUCGAAAUCGAGAGUCAGACGAGUAUGGCAAGCGGGGCAGAAGGCGAGGAAGGUCUGGGCGAGGGGAGGAAUUCCGUGGAAGAAGCAGACACAGUGGAAGGUGACGCGUAUCUGGAGGGGAGCAAAAGAAAAGCGAGGGCACUCGAACGACUGUCGCCAUCUAGACAGAGUGCAUCUUUUCUCUGUGAAGGACCGCACCCAAAGUCCCUUUUUCCAGAGCCCACAAUUCUGUCACCUCUAACUCGACGAAUCACGGUCGUCUCCUCCCCCAUCUUUGCGCCUCCCCCUGUUCCUUCCUCUUCUGCUUCCUUCUCCUUCUCCUCCUCGUCAUCGUCAUCGUCUUUCUCUUCUUCGCCAUCACCUUCUUCCACUUCUUCCUUUUCCUCAUCAUCUUCUUCCGCUUCCUUGUCUUCUUCUCGUUCCUCUUUGCCAGCUGCUCGGUCGUCUCCGUUUGCAUGUGAGGUGCAGAGUCCGCCCUUCGAAAAGUCGCCUUUCGCUUCUCAGGCGUUGGCCGUCUGCCCAGGGAAGUCGCCUUUCGCUGCAACGCCCCGCUGCGACGAACGUGGACGAAGGCGGACCUCGAGACCGGGGAGAGAGGCUACGCGGCCAGUAGGUGACAGGCAAAAACGCAUUUCUGCAUCUACGUCUCUAGACGCUUUCCUCGCUUCCCGACGUCUCAGCUCCUCUCCGCCAGGUACACCGCAGCCGCGCCGGCAUUCACCAGGCCGCGGCACAGGCUCGAGUGUAUCGACGCCGUCGCUGCGGCGCGUCUCGACUCCCGCGACGCCGGCGACGGUGGUGCUGUCUCCUCUGAGCACUCGUCGUGGAGACUCAGGUCGGUCUGGACGGAGUUCACUGGAUGCUGCGGAGUUUAACGAAGGGAAGCGAACUGCACACAGCAGCCUCCUUUCCUUCGACAAGGAAGAAAAGGGCAAGAGGGCACUAGCCAAGAGCCCUGUCUCUGCAGGCCGCGACGCGAGACGGAAAAGAGAAGGGCCGCGAGGGCGACCAGACGGGAAGCAGCAGCUGCUCCUCCCGCUGCUGGCGGAACAGAGAGAGUGCAGACGGGAGAGGACAAAUAGGCGUUCUUCCGGCUUUAGAGAAGUUGUUUCUCUCCUGAAUGACGAUGAGCCCUGGGAGAGGGGCAGACCCGCCGAGACUACGCCCAGAGGCUCGCCUCACACGACCGGAGGCGCCGCGGCUGGAACUCAAGGCGGCAGAGACACGCGUCUUUGGAGCCCAACUAGCGCCGGACACCGCGGAGGGGAAGGAGAAGGCCCUUUGAUGUUGUGGGGCCGAGUGGAGAGCGAGGGCGCGGAAGAGAGCCCUGAGACCGGAGAGGGGGAGACUGAGAGAGGGCAGAAUGAGGAGACUCACGCAACGAACAAGUCCUCAGGCGUCGCCAGUUUGGAGGCACCAGCGUCGUUCGCGCAGGAGGGCGACGGAGGGCGGAGAGAAGAAGCAAGCCAAGCAAACAGCGGGACGUCUUCCCCGUCGAAUCAGGUUCUCCUUCCUCGCGGCGUCACGGCGCAUGCAGCGGAAGUCCGAGAAAAGAGGGAGCGAGAGGCAGAGUGAGGCGGCCUCGUUUUUCGCGCGUUCGUCGGCGGUCGCUGCGAGCCUUGGAAGACUUGUGGAGAGAGAACGAAGUGCUGCAAAAAGUUUGUGGUUGCUCGGGCGAGGGAAAGCUCCUGCUGUCUCGCGUCGCCGGGAAGGUCCUCGUUCUGGGGUUCCUCACGGCUGGACAGUGGGCAGCCGCUGCAUGCGCGACAGACGGCGAACUCAGGACCUUCGAAAAGGAACCGAAUCCGCUCGCGCAAGCGGAAGGCGAAACGUCAAGACAGAGGUCGAGAGAGAGAUUCCGCGACGCGGUCGAGGGAGAAAGCCUGGCGGAAGCAGCAGACGCAAAGGACAGGAACGGAAGAAAGCAAGAGAAAACGGGCGCACUGGACAAGUCGUCUGUCGGCCGCAUUGACGCGUCCGUCGAGCCUCUCGCCAGUCCAACGUCUUCUUCUGCAAGUGACGUUCAGUGGCGCGCGGAGUUCCUGCGGGGGUUUCAGAGAGGCCUGGAGGAGGCUCAAGCCUUUUGCGUCUCCAGAGCAAGUCUCGUGCAGUUCCAAGAAGCGCCGUCGCGUAUGCCUCCCUCACUCGCCUUCCUCUCGCGCGCGGUGUACAGACGGGCGACUCGAGGCGCCGCUCUCGCUCUCGCGGCCAGAGAGGCGGCGCAGCAGAUGGCGGCGGUGGAAGAGCAGUGGACUCACACCCGAGAGGGGAGAAGAAGAGGCCUGGCGGGAGGCGGACAGCCUCUCUGGGGUGCCGAAGCAAGGACAGGAGCAGCGGCGAAGAACGGAGAAGGAGAAGACGAAGCAAGUGAUACGAGGGUCGGAGGAGAGAACAGAGAAGAGACAGAUGAAGCGAAGAGAGUCGUCAAGGGGCGACGAAGAAGCUUCAAGGCAGAAGCGCAGAAAACCAGCCGCGCGCCCAACCGCCGAGGCAAGGCAAGAAAACAAGACGGAUUUUCUGAAAAAAAAGAGGCAGGAGAGCAAGGAGAAGAGGAAGAACAAGACGAAGAAGACGAAGAGGACGAGCAAGACGAAGAGGAAGAAGAAAGAGAACGGCUGGAGUGGGCUCUAAGCCGCGAGUUGCUUGCCUUCCUGGGCGGCACAGAAACGCUGGGGGAUCCCGGGAGUGGAGAGGGUGGGGCAAGAAUAGAGAGAAGUCGCCAUAAGACCAAUAGCUUUCAACAGAGUCGCUCCGGCGAGGAACGCAUGCAUCUCUUUCACGAGUCUGCAGGCUGCACGACGCCCGAAGAAGCCGAAGGCAAGACAGCAGAAGAAAGGGAAGAAGGAGAGAAUCACAACGGGGGGAAGGAUCAUCGGGAGGAAAAGGAAAGCGAAGCUGAAGAGGGAAGGAAGAGAGAAAGAAGAAACGAAGAGCCAGAAUCGCCAGGUGAGGAGAGGGCGCGUGAGCUGUUGGGCCUGACAAAGGUUUUGCCGCCUCGUGUCGCCCUUUCCUUUAACUUUAGCAUGUUCCGAUUCUUGUCCCAAUCUCGAGUCUGGUGACCCCUUUUCUCAGCAAAUUCCUUCCGUAGAUAGCCCCAACAGUCAAGCACCUUCCGCAAUUUUACAGCUAAGUGAUGCUUUCUUUGGCUGGAGAGUCGUUUUUCAGCUUGGCCACCAAUUCAAAGAGUUUCAUCCCACCCUGAACCUUUCCUUCUCUGCGACUCGCGUCCAUCAGCCGUCGUGAUCGUCUGGCGUUCUCGCCCGCCGGCGCCUGUUGUGGGCAUGAACAACAGUUAUUUUGGCUCAGGAAAAAACCAAGGUUUUCCUCCUCAUUUUUCCAUUUGUUUUCUCUCUGUCGAGCCGAGUGCAUGAGUGCAUCCGCUUGCAUCCUGCCGAGGUGCCUGCGGCAUGCGCGCUGCCUGGUGACGGCCUCAGGCUUUUUCUCAGGGUCAACUGGGAGAUGUUUCUUGACUGACUGUGAGGAAAGGAAGUCUACAGUCUCCCUGCAUAUAUGAGUGUGCCGCAUGCAGCUUCGCCCUUCCGUUCGCUCCCACUCCUGGCUUCUGCAUGCAGAGACAGUGCCUGUACGCUUCUCAAAUGAGUAACUCAACUUUUCUUCUUUUCAAGCUCUCGAGA